UUCAUUUUUUGUCUAUUAAAAGUAUAGUUUGUGAAGAAACAAAAAAUAAGUAUCAUUUAUAAAUUAUAAUUUGCAAAAUGUCUAAACAUGAGGAUGUUGUUUUGCUUGAGAAUAAGGACGAAAAGCAAUAUCUUGAUUUAAUACGCAAAAUAUUGGAAACUGGAAGCAAACGAUUAGAUCGUACAGGAGUUGGCACUUUUUCCAUUUUCGGUACUCAAAUGCGGUACAAUUUAAGAAAUAAUACAAUGCCGUUGUUGACAACAAAACGAGUUUUUUUCCGUGGUGUGGCAGAAGAAUUACUUUGGUUUAUUAGGGGAAGUACGAAUGCAAAAGAGCUACAAGAAAAGAAUGUUCACAUUUGGGAUGGUAACAGUACGCGUGAGUUUCUUGAUUCGGCAGGUUUCGCUGAUCGCGAGGAAGGAGAUUUGGGUCCAGUUUAUGGUUUCCAGUGGCGUCACUUUGGAGCAAAAUACAAAACUUGUCAUGAUGAUUAUUCUGGACAGGGUGUUGAUCAGCUGGCGGAAGUGAUCAAGCGUAUACAAACAACUCCGAAUGAUCGAAGGAUUAUAAUGAGUGCGUGGAAUCCAAUUGACAUUCCGCAAAUGGCGUUGCCGCCUUGCCAUUGCUUGGCUCAAUUUUAUGUUGCGGAUGGUGAGCUUUCUUGUCAGUUGUAUCAACGAUCUGCAGACGUUGGACUUGGUGUGCCUUUCAAUAUUGCCAGCUACGCUUUACUAACACACAUGGUUGCACAUGUUACAGGAUUGAAGGCAGGUGACCUGGUUCAUACAACUGGAGAUACUCAUAUAUAUCUCAAUCAUGUCAAGGCUUUGGAGGAACAAUUAGGUCGCUCUGCAAGGCCAUUCCCAACCAUUCACUUCAAACGUAUUGUGAAAACUAUCGACAAUUUUCAGUUUGAAGAUUUGGACCUUCGCGACUACAACCCAUAUCCAGCAAUUAAAAUGGAAAUGGCUGUUUAA